AUGGCGGACCUGGUUGUUGGGUUGGCCAAGUCGGUGGUGGAGGGCGCGCUGACCAAGGCCCAGGCGGCUAUCGGGGAGGAGGCCCAGCUCCGGGAGAGCGCGCAGCGCGACCUGGUGUUCAUCACAGGCGAGUUUGAAAUGAUGCACUCAUUUCUCAACGUCGCCACCGCGGAGCGCGUGGAGAACAAGGUGGUGAUGACCUGGGUGCGGCAGGUCCGCGAGCUGGCCUACGAUGUGGAGGACUGCAUCGAGUUUGUUGUCCACCUCGACCCCAAGACUGGGUGGUGGUGGCGCAUGGUCCCGUCUUGGUGCAUAGGGCUGCCACCGCUUGACGAGGCCGUCAGCGAAAUCGAGCAGCUCAAGGCAAGGGUGAACGAUGUGAGUACCAGGAACUCGCGCUACAACCUCAUCAGCGACUCUGGCUCCAAGGCAGCCGUCAUGCAGCAACAGAUGGCUGUGCCUGGCGCCUCCCUUGGUGCGCCAGCAUUCAACAUGCUCGCGGAGUCGAGGGACGCUGCGAGGAGGCAGCAAGGCUUGGGGGAUCUCACCCAGUUGAUCACCUACAAAGGCAACACUGACCCUCACCUUCAGGUAAUCUCCGUCUGGGGAACAAGCGGCGAUCUUGGGACGACUUCCAUCAUCAGGAAGGCAUACAAUGACCCAGAAAUCAGCAAAAAAAUUGCGUGCCGCGCCUGGGUCAAGCUGAUGCAUCCUUUCAACCCCCACGAGUUUGUGCGGCGCUUCAUGGCUCAGGUCUAUGCCACAAACGCUUGCGCCAAACAAUUGGAGGGUACAGACGUGGGUGUUCAUGUUCUGAACAAAAUGGAGGCCACAAAAGAAGAUCUAUUCAAGCAGUUUCUGGAAGAAGUCAACACCAAGACUUACCUCGUGGUCUUGGAGAACCUGACUGAAAUGGUAGACUGGGAUGCUGUGAGGACGUUUCUUCCUGACAAGGAAAAUGGCAGCUGGAUCAUCGUGUCCACCCAGCAAUUUGACAUCGCAACCUUGUGCAUCGGAGACUCUUACCAACCACUGGAGCUGAAGCAGUUCUCCCCCGAGCACUCGGUUUGUGCCUUCUUCAAGGAGGUCAUAAAAGGACAAAAUGAUCUCCGGAAAGGUUCUGGAUAUUAUGGAGAUAAACAAGAGAAGCUAAUGUUGUCUAAAGUGAGGCAAAGUUCACCCUUGCAAAAACUUUCCUCCGCGAAUAAGGAAGUUAUCAGUGACUGGAUGAAAAAUAAUCCUCUUGCUGGACGCGAGUUGGAAAUGAAUGAACUCCGCAGUUAUACAACUGGGGCACGUUUCAAAAGUUUCCCAGUUAUAUCUGUUUGGGGAAUAGCUGGUGUUGGAAAAUCAGCUCUUGUAGAAAACUUGUACUAUGACAGAAUGCUUCGUGGCCAGUUUGAAAAAUACUGUUGGGUGGAUAUAUCAUAUCCGUUCAAUUUAAGGGAUUUCUCCCGAAGCUUACUUUUGGAUCAUCAUUCAGAAGAAGACCCAAUUGAAGAAUGUCAUGAGCUUCUGAGACAACAUAAGUAUCUCAUUGUUAUUAAUAAUCUCCAGUCCAAAGAAGACUGGGACUUGAUAAAGACUACCUUGGUAACUAGAACUGCUGAGAGUGUGAUCAUUGUCAUUACAACAGAAGCAAGUGUAGCCACUAAUUGCACAAAUAAUGAAGAUCAAGUCUUUAAUGUGAAAGGUCUAGAAGCAGUUGCCGCCAUGGAUCUCUUCAGGAAAGAGGUACUCAAGAAGAAUCAAUUAUCUGCUUUAAAUGGUUACACGAAUGAUGAGCUAGAAGAACUGAUUAUGAAGUGUGGAGGUCUUCCCAAAGUGAUAGUUUCUAUAGCUGCCUUAUUGGCCACACAGACGGUAACAUUGAUGGAUACUGUACGUUCGUUGAAUAGCAAAUUUAUGCACACUCUGGAGACCAAUCCAGAGCAUGAUAGUCUACGAGGGCUAUUUGAUUGGAUGUAUUCAUACUUCCGUACUUGCCCAGAUGAAAUUAAGCCAUGUAUCUUCUAUCUAUCAAUUUUUCCUCGAGGACACGGUAUUCGGCGAAGGCGACUGGUAAGGAGGUGGAUUGCAGAAGGUUACUCUAGAGAUAGUGAUGAAGAAUCUGCGGUGGACAAAGGGGAGAACUUCUUCUCCAAGCUCCUUGAUCUAAGCAUAAUCCAGCAGAUGCCACAGUUAGUCACCACUGCAUUCAGUGACACAAGGAUAGUCAUGUGCCAGGUCAAUGGCUUCAUCCGCGAGUACAUCGUCUCACGAAGAAUGGAAGAGAACCUUGUCUUUGAACUUGGGCCCAAUUGUGUCCUGACCACCGAACGCAAAGGGCGUCACCUUAUCAUAUUGAAGAAUUGGGUCAGAGACAUAAUUGUAUUUGAGAGCAUUGACUUCUCACGGCUACGGUCGCUCACAGUGUUUGGAAAGUGGGAAUCAUUCUUCAUCUCCAAAAGUAUGAGGUUGCUUCGGGUUCUUGAUCUGGAGGAUUCAUCGGGUUUAAAGGACGAAGAUCUAAUUGAGAUGGUGAAGCGGCUACGUCGCCUCAAGUUUCUCUCCCUACGAGGAUGUAGAGAGAUUUUCCAUCUGCCAAGUUCACUGGGUGAUCUUAGGCAGCUCCAGACUCUGGAUGUGAGACACACCUCCAUAGUCAGACUGCCAAAGAGCAUCGUGAAGUUAGAGAAGCUGCAGUAUAUCCGAGCUGGCACCACCGUCUCAGCAUUGACACCACCUGCCCCAUCCAGCAGCCUGCUAAAGUUCCACAGAUGUCGUGGCCUUCUUGGUGUUCAGGUGCCUAAAGGGAUUGGAAAACUGACAGCACUGCACACUCUAGGUGUUGUCAAUGUCAGUGCUUCUGGGGGAAAAGCCAUUGGGGAAGAGCUCAAGAAACUCACCCAAUUGCGCAAACUUGGUGUGUCUGGCAUCAAUAAGCAUAACAGCCAGGACUUCUUCUCUGCAAUCUCAGGUCACGUGCAUUUGGAAUCCUUGUUAGUGCGGCUUGCCGAGGGAAAUCAAGGUUCCUUGGAUGGCAUCUCACUGCCUUGGGAGAACCUACAGAGUCUUAAACUGCAUGGGCUUAAAGACAAGUUACCUCUACUUGAGGGCCAACUUAGCAAGCUCAAGAAGUUGGAUCUGGAGAUGGACUCUUUAGAGAAGACCGACAUUGAGUCCCUUGCCAUGCUACCAAACUUGUGCAUUCUACGCCUUCGUGUGAAGCAGCUUCCGGAUAGCAGGCUCCAUUUUUAUGCCGAGAUGUGCCGGGAGCAGCUGGACACCUUCAAAAAAGUGAAGAUCCUUGAUAUUGGUUGCAGAUCCAGCAAUUUACAAGUAUCCUUUGGAUCAAAGUCGAUGAAAAAUCUUGAGCUGCUUGAGAUUGACUACUCAAGUGGAUCAUGUCAGCUUGCCGGCCUGAAUAAUCUGUCGGAACUGAAGGAAGUCUUGCUCAAGGGUACAAAUGAUGAGCAAUUCAGGAUAGAGUUUGAGAGACAUCUUGCCACUCACCCAAAUAGUCCUGCAGUGAAGCUGAAGAAACUACCCGCAUCAACUUGA